AUGGGAUUUUUCAUUCAAGAUCUUCAUCGACAAAUCGAACAACUGCAUACAGAAGCACAUCAAACUUCAAAGAUGAUUAUUUAUCGAGGUCAAGGAAUGUCUAAUGAUGACUUUGAAAAGAUUAAGAAAAGCGAAGGUGGUUUUCUUUCAUUUAACAAUUUUUUAUCAACAAGCAUUGAUCAAGAUGUUUCAUAUAGUUUUGCUGAAAGUGCUGGAGAUAAUCCUCAAUUAAUAGGAAUUUUAUUUCAAAUUGAAAUUGAUCCAUUGAUUUCCACCGUAUCAUUUGCUUCAUUAGACAAUAUCAGUCAGUACUCCGAUUCAGAAAAAGAAAUUCUUUUUUCAAUGCAUACUAUAUUUCGCAUUGGUAAAAUCAAAAAAAUUAAAGAUCGUUUAUGGAAAGUGAAUCUAGCAUUGACUAGUGAUAAUGAUCAACAAUUAAAAAAAUUAACUGAUCAUAUACGAAAGGAGCAUCAACAAAAAAACGUAUGGCAUCGUAUGGCUGUAUUGAUGAUUACCAUGGGUAAAUUUAAUAAAGCAUUAGAAAUAUUCAACUUAAUAUGUGAGAAAAGUUCGAUAACUAGCACUGAUGAACAAUUUGUUAUCGAUCCAGCAAUCUAUCAUGACAUGGCUGUAGCAUAUCGAUGCAUAGGAAAUAAUUCUAAUGCAUUGUCAUACUUUCAAAAAACACUUGAAGUUGAGCGGAAAUUUCUUUCACACAAUCAUCCCAAGUUGAUUACUACAUAUAAUAAUAUUGGUGAAAUAAAUGAUGCAAUGGGUAAUUAUUCGAUAGCACUCUCAUAUUAUCAAAUGGCACUUGAAAUUCAGAAGACACAUUUUCCUAUAGAUGAUCCAUCAUUCGCUAUUACUUACAAUAACAUUGGAGCAGUACAUAAUUCCAUGGGAAAUUAUCCAGCCGCACUCUCAUAUUAUAAACAAACACUCAAAAUUGAACAGAAAUCUCUUCCAUCUAAUCAUCCAAGCCUAGCUGCUACUUAUGAACAGAUUGGGUCAAUAUAUGGUUUUAUGGGAGACUACUCCACUGCAUUGUCUUAUCAUAAAAAGGCACUUGAAAUUCAACAGAAAUCCCUACCGCCUGAUCAUCCAAAUCUGGCAACUACUUACAAGAAUAUUGGAGAGGGCUAUCGAAUGUUAGGCGAUGCUUCGACGGCACUUUCAUAUUAUGAGAAGACGCUUGAAAUUGAACUGAAAUCUCUUCAAUCUAGUCACCCAUCAAUAGCUAAUACUUACGGAUGUAUUGCUGCAGUAUAUCAUGUGUUGGGAAAUUACUCAAUUGCAUUAUCAUACUGUGAAAAGGCGCUUGAAAUUAAGCAGCAUUCCUUUCCUUCUGAUCAUCCAUCUAUAGCUAGAACAUACAGUGAGAUUGGUUCACUACAUGAAUCAAUGGAAGAUUAUUCAAAUGCGCUUUCGUACUAUGAAAAAGCACUUAAGAUUGAACAAAAAACUUUGCCAUUCGAUCAUCCAAGUUUGGCAUAUAACUACAAUAAUAUUGGUUCAGUGUAUGACUCAAUGAACAAUUAUCCGUCUGCACUCUCAUAUUAUAGAAAGGCACUUGAUAUUCAACAGAAAUCACUUCCACCUUAUCAUGCAGAUCUAGCAAAUACUUACAACAAUAUCGCUCUCGUAUAUCAAGCGACAGACGAUUAUUCGACGGCUCUCUCAAAAAAAACAGACAUUUUUAGACUGCCAUACGCACGAAUAGGAAUUUGCGUAUUGCCUAUAAAAGUGCAUUGAAAAAAGAAUUUCUUUCUCUGAAUCGAAGCAUUGACUGGUAUCGUCNAGAUAUCUCAUCCAUACAAUCAAUCAUUGAUCGCUAUCGCCUAUAAUAAUAUUGGUGACAUGCAUCGUUUGAAAGGAGAUUAUUUGACUGCAUUAUCAUAUUAUGAGAAAACUCUUCCAAUCUUGCAGAAAUUUCUCCCAUCCAAUCAUACAUCACUAGCCAUCUUGAAUGCUAACAUAGCGAUGGCAUUUAAAGAUCUCUGUCAAUAUAAAGAAGCUGCUAAACAUGCUGAACAAGCUGUGAACAUUGCUAGGUGUACUUUUGGUCUUCAUCAUUCCAAAACAAUGGCUUAUCAAAAACUUCUUGAUGACCUUCGACAAAAUUAAUGAUUAAACUUUUUUCUCUCUGCGUCGUUGUGAUAUAAUGAUGACUUUAAAAAGAUUAAGAAAAGAGAAAUGUAAUCUUCUUACUUUUAACAUUUUUUUUUCGACAAGCAUUGAUCAAGAUGUUUCAUAUAGUUUUGCUGAAAGUGCAGAAGAUAAUCCUCAAUUAAUAGGAAUUUUAUUUCAAAUUGAAAUUGAUUCAUUGAGUUCCACAGUAUCAUUUGCUUCAUUAGACGAUACCAGUCAAUGCUUCGAUUCAGAGAAAGA